CAAUGCAUACGGAAACGGAAGAUUCACAUGGGGCUACUGCCCAGCUUUGCGAAUGGAUCGAUCGCGUUCAAUACUCCGAUAUUCCGCCAGAAGUCCUGGACAGAGCAAAAUAUAUCAUCCUCGAUGGCAUUGCGUGUGCUCUUGUCGGUGCUCACCUGCCCUGGUCCGAAACCGCGGCCUGCAUCAUCAAGGACAUGGAGGCUGCAGGACCUUGUCAAGUGUUUGGACAUGAGAUGAGACUCGGCCCGCUGGCUGCAGCUAUCUUAAACAGUACGUUCAUACAGGGCUUCGAACUGGAUGAUUAUCAUAGCGAGGCUCCUCUUCAUUCAAACGCAAUUAUUUUGCCUGCUGUCCUUGCAGCUGCCGAGUUGAUGAAGUCGAAAGCAAAGACCGUCUCGGGCUUGUCACUUUUGCUCGCAACAAUUGUCGGAUAUGAGGUCGGCCCCCGCGUUGGGCUCAGUCUGCACGGCACACAUAUGCUGAGUCGAGGAUGGCAUUCUGGAGCUGUCUUCGGACCAUCUGCAUCCGCCGCCGCAGUCGGCAAACUCCUCGACUUGAACGCCACCGCUCUCGAAGACGCUCUAGGAACUGCCUGCACGCAAGCCUGUGGCCUGAUGUCCGCGCAAUACGGGAGCAUGGCCAAAAGAAUGCAGCAUGGAUUUGCGUCUCGAAAUGGUUUGUUUGCCGCACUGCUUGCCCAAGACGGAUACACGGGUAUUCACUCUGUCUUUGAGCAACCGUAUGGGGGCUACUUGCAGGCGUUUAGUGCGGGAUCGACGAGGGAUCCGCCGUAUUUGGUUGAUGAGUUGACGAAGCUGUUGGGUCAGAGGUGGCAUACGCAGAGUAUCAAUGUCAAGCCUUAUGCGUCGAUGGCAGCUACGCAUGGUGUUAUUGACAGCAUUGCUGCGCUGCAAAGCCAGUAUCCUGAGCGGUUCCAUGACUUGAACAAGAUCGACCGUAUCCUUUUGGAGAUUUCAGAGCCAGCUUACAAACAUGCAUGGUGGGAGCCUAAACGCCCCUUUACCGCCACAGCCGCCCAGAUGCACGCCGCCUACGUCGCGGCAGUUCAAACUCACGAUAAACAAGUCCUACCAGCUCAAUUCGCAACCGACAUGCUCAACCGCGAUGCCAUCUGGACACUCAUAGACAAAACUCACUGUCUACACAUCAAAGACUUUGAUGCUCCUGAUCACCCUUGGAGACAGCGAGUCACCAUCACUUUCUCGGAUGGAGUUCAAAUGUCGCAAUUGACGGUCAAGCCAAAGGGCGUUGAUCCUGCAUUGACUAAUGAGGAGAUUGUGGAUAAGUGGCGAUCGAUGGCACGGGGGGUUAUGCCGGCGAGUAAGAUUCAGGAGAUUGAGUCUUUGGUGCUGGGGAUGGAUGGGCUAGAUGAUGUGACUACGUUGACCAAGGCGCUUAACUUUACGGUCAAGAAUCCUCUGGAUUUGGGUAAUGAGGCAGAGUCUAGGACUGGACGGCAGGUGAUGGCUAAUUUGUGAGCUUUGAAUCGUGCACGCAGCGGUGUGAGAAGUCAUAUCUUGGCAUUGACUUCUCUAUGUUCUAUGAUUUUACAUACUGG